GUCAAUUCAUGCGUUUAUGCUGGUAACCUAAAGGCUUAAACAACUGGAGGCAUGUCAGGAAAAUGGUUAGUAAUACGACAAAUCCGAAAUAGAUUAAAGGAGACUCCUCCUGGGUCCGCAUUAAGCAAAAUAACAACGUUGGCGAAUUACUGAAUAACAGUUUGCUUCUAAUAAACCGAAAACAAGCAUUAACUUCAACGCAACAAGUUUAAAAAACGUGUUAGCGAACUUCAACACCCAGAAAUUGACUCCAAAUACCAUGUAUUUUUUUAAAUUUCCCGUUUUAUUUAGUUUUUUAAAUGGUUUCAAUUUAAAUAGUGCGUCGACGGGGAUCUGCGAAGCCACGCCCACUUGGACUGCCGACAGUGUUUUGAUUGGCUGAAAGAAAAACUCCGCUGUGACGUCACCGGGCCGCAUAGGGAGUGAAUUAAAGUCGUUGCUGGAGCCGGAGCGGAGAUGAGAGUUGGAGCGUGUUGAUCCGCGGACGCACAGCAGCGCACCAGGCAGCACUAUGAACCCGGAGCCGACCAAGACCCGGGCCAGGCUCAACCCGCUGGCCAACGCAGGAUUUGUGUCCAGGAUCUUUUUAUGCUGGCUAACCCCGUUGCUGCACCUUGGCCGCAAACAACAUCUUGAUGAAAAUGACAUGUACCGGGUUCUUCCAGAGUACCUUUCUGAAACCCUGGGAGAAGAGCUACAAAGAAGAUGGGACCUGGAAGUGAAAGGUGCUGCGAAGGAGCUGCAGAAUCCCAGCCUGACCCGGGUUCUGAUCCAGUGCUACGGGCGCUCCUACGGGCUUGCAGGGCUGUUUUUGUUUUUUCUGGAAGCUAUCAAGGUGAUCCAGCCUCUGCUUUUGGGUCAAAUAAUCCAGUACUUUGAGAAUUAUGACCCGGAUGAUCAGAGGAGUCUUUACAUGGUGUACGGCUACGCCGCUGCCAUGUCCGUGUCGGCCUUCGGACAGACCAUUCUGCAGCAUCUCUACUUCUAUCACGUCCAGAGAAUCGGCAUGAAGGCCAGGGUGGCCAUCUGUCACAUGAUCUACAAGAAGGCUCUUCGUCUCAGCAACGAAUCCAUGGGACGAACAACCACCGGCCAAAUUGUGAAUCUCCUUUCAAAUGACAUCAACCGUUUUGAUGAGAUUGUACUGGAUCUCCACUAUCUGUGGCUGGGACCGCUACAGGCAGUGGUCAUCAUCUUUUUCCUGUGGUACGAGGUCGGAGUCUCCUGCAUGGCCGGUGUGGCCACAAUUGCAGUCAUGCUGCCGGUGCAGACAAUGUUUGGAAAGCUCUUCGGCAUAUUUAGGAGCAGAACUGCUGUUCUUACCGACAGUAGGAUCCGCAUCAUGAACGAGGUGGUGUCUGGCAUCAGGAUAAUCAAGAUGUACGCCUGGGAGAAACCACUUUCAGCUUUAGUCACUGAGGUUAGAAGGAAAGAAAUUGGACAGAUAUUAAAGAGCUCCUACCUGCGAGGACUCAACCUGGCUUCUUUCUUCGCCAGCAGCAAGAUCAUUGUCUUCGUUACGUUCACAGUCUACGCUCUGCUCGGCAACACCAUCACCGCCAGCACCGUGUUUGUCACCGUGUCCCUCUACGGUACCAUCAAACUCACCGUCACCCUGUUCUUCCCUCUGGCCAUCGAGAAGCUGUCCGAGACGGUCGUGAGCAUUCGCAGGAUUAAGCAUUUCCUGAUGCUGGAAGAAGUCGGGAGCAAAAACUUUGGGCUGAUUCUGGAAGAAAAGAAGGAAAACUGCAUUGAGAUUGAGAAACUGACAAGCUACUGGGAUAAGAGUUUGGACUCACCAUCACUGCAGAAUGUUUCUGUCACAGUAAAAUCCCCUCAGCUUCUGGCCGUCAUCGGUCAGGUGGGAGCUGGAAAGUCGUCCCUGCUGAGUGCCAUCCUGGGAGAGCUGCCCAUCGACUCUGGGACGCUGCGGGUCAAAGGUCGGCUGACCUACGCGUCCCAGCAGCCCUGGGUCUUUCCUGGAACCAUCCGCAGCAACAUCCUGUUCGGAAGAGAGCUGAACAUCAAGAAGUACGAGAAAGUCCUGAAGGCGUGCGCACUGAAGAGGGACCUGGAGCUGCUCCCAGACGGAGAUCUGACGUUGAUCGGAGACAGAGGAGCCACUCUGAGUGGAGGACAGAAAGCGCGCGUCAAUCUGGCCAGGGCGGUGUAUCAGGAUGCUGACAUCUAUCUCCUGGAUGAUCCUUUGAGUGCCGUGGAUGCAGAAGUCGGGAAGCAUCUGUUUGAAGAGUGUAUCUGCGGCCUCCUGAAGAACAAGUGUCGUGUUCUGGUCACACACCAGCUGCAGUACCUGAAGGCUGCCGACCACAUCUUGGUGCUCAGGGAGGGUCACGUCAUGGUCCAGGGAACCUACGCUGAGCUGCAGCGGUCUGGCCUGGACGUGGUGACUGUGCUAAGACAGGAGGAAGAUCAGAAGCGGAUGUCUCGAUCAGUCGACCCAGAGAUAGAGUCUCUAGCGAGUCGGGGGACAAAUUUCUCCCACCUUUCACACUCCUCUCACUGUAGCCUCUUGCCAACAGAACACGACUGCACCAAGCAGCUUCAUAUGGAACCAGUUCGGCCCCUAGCAGAGGAAGGUCGAGCUGAAGGAACUGUCGGCAGCCACGUUUAUCUCAAGUACUUCUCUGCAGGCUAUAACACUGUGGUGUUGAUGGUUAUAGUUCUGCUCAGCAUCAUAGCCGAGGUUGCAUAUAUCCUGCAGGACUGGUGGCUGGUCUACUGGGCAAGAGAAGAGCUGUCCAACAGCACAGUUGCUGUUGUCAGGAUUAGAAAUGGCAUCAAUGUGACUCAGUCAGAUCUUCAGUUUAAUCUCACAUUCUACCUCGGCAUUUACUCAGGUUUGACAGCAGCUGCUGUUGUCUUCGGUUACAUCAGGAGUUUAGUGAUGUUUCACGGCUUGGUGAAAGCAGCACAGACUUUGCACAACAGCAUGUUCACUGCUGUUCUCCGCACUCAUGUUCGCUUCUUCGACAUCAACCCCAUAGGAAGAAUUCUCAACAGAUUUUCCAAAGACAUCGGCCACAUAGACUCCAAGCUGCCCAUCACCUUUGUGGAUUUCUAUCAAUUAUUUUUGCAGAACGUUGGUGUUGUUGCCGUGGCGGCCUCAGUCAUCCCCCUCAUCCUCAUCCCUCUCGUCCCUCUGCUUUUAUUCUUUCUUUACUUGAGGCGCUACUACCUCCAUACAUCGCGUGAUAUCAAACGCCUCGAGUCAACAACUCGAAGUCCAGUCUUCUCGCACCUGACGUCGUCUCUUCAGGGUCUGUGGACGGUUCGAGCCUUCAGAGCUGAGGAGAGGCUACAGAAUGUCUUUGAUGCUCACCAGAACCUCCACUCAGAGGCCUGGUUUCUGUUCCUGAUGAUUUCGCGCUGGUUUGCACUACGCCUUGACAGCAUUUGCUCCAUAUUUAUAGCCUUCUCAACAUUUGGCUGCAUCAUCUUCAGAAAUGGUCUGGAGGCUGGACAGGUGGGCCUGGUGCUGACCUACGCCGUGACACUGGUGGGAAACUUCCAGUGGACGGUCAGACAGAGUGCAGAAGUGGAGAACAUGAUGACGUCGGUGGAGCGGGUGGUGGAGUACACGGAGCUGGAGAGCGAAGCCCCCUGGAAGACUGAGAAGCAGCCGCCCCCCGACUGGCCGAGCCAGGGGAUGGUGACCUUCAGCCGGGUCAACUUCUCCUACAGCUCAGACGGGCCGCUGGUGCUCAAAGACGUCAGCGCCACAUUUCAGCCCAGCGAGAAGGUCGGCAUCGUCGGCAGAACCGGCGCCGGGAAGAGCUCCCUGGUCUCGGCUCUGUUCCGCCUGGCCGAGCCUCAGGGGGAUAUCUACGUGGACGGAGUUCGGACCUCGGACCUCGGCCUCCACGACCUGCGCCAGAAGAUGUCCAUCAUCCCUCAGGACCCAGUGCUGUUCACCGGCACCAUGAGGAAGAACCUGGAUCCUUUCAACCAGCACACCGAUGAAAGCCUGUGGACGGCUCUGGAAGAGGUGCAGAUGAAGGCGGUGGUGGAGGAGCUGCCCGGGAAGCUGGAGACGGUUCUGGCCGAGUACGGCUCCAACUUCAGCGUGGGUCAGAGGCAGCUGGUGUGUCUGGCCCGAGCCGUCCUGAGGAAGAACCGCAUCCUCAUCAUCGACGAGGCCACGGCCAAUGUGGACCCCCGGACGGACGAGCUGAUCCAGAAGACCAUCCGGGACAAGUUCCGGGAGUGUACGGUUCUCACAAUCGCUCACCGCCUCAACACCAUCAUCGACAGCGACCGCAUCCUGGUGCUGGACAACGGCGCCAUCCAGGAGUUGGACCAGCCCUUCACCCUCCUGCAGAACACUGACAGCGCCCUCUACAAGAUGGUGCAGCAGACGGGUCCGGCGGAGGCGGCGGCGCUGCUGGAGUCGGCCAGACAGGCGGCGGUGCUGACAGCUGGAGGCGCUGGACCGGGACCCGGGGGGGUGUAAACGGACUCGAGGUUCAGACCUCAGCGGUGCUAUAAAGACGGGUGGGGGUGAGAAGACCAGGCAACUUACCUUUGCCAUAUUUAAAGAGCCAGUAUUAUAAGCUUAGGAAACCACUGAGUAUUACACUGGAGCCACAGAGCCGGCCUGGACCCGGACCUGGACCCGGCUCGGCUCAGAGCCGGCGUCUCAGUGGAACCGCAGUGGGCCCCUCACCACGUGUCUGCCGGCUGGUUCUGGUUCUGUCCCGCCUCGGAGCCGUGGACGGGCCGGAGCUCUGAAUGUGCCAGAUGUUCUACAGUCACCUGUGGAGCCGUGUGUUUUUGAUUCCUGACUGUAUUUUUGUCCAUACUGCACAAUAAAACCCUUUUGAAAAAGCGCCUCCCAACACUCCCUUCACUUAUUCACCACCGAAGAAAGAAGGUCGACACGAGCGUAAAAAAAACAACCUUUACUGAAAUCUCAAACAU